AUAAGGAUUGGUAUUGUAUGUAACAUUUCAAAGAAAGCAAGAUAUUUCUAUAUGGUGACGUAGUCAAAGAUAGACUCCCUUUUGUACAUACCCAGAAUAGUGGUUCAAUCCCAAUCCCAAUCCCAAUCCCGAUCCUUUUUCUAUGGCAAUUUGUAUUUUCCUUUUAAUUCGUUGACUAUAGAUCAUCCCAAUUACUUGAUUCCAUUGAGAUUGUCCGUUAUCUUCCUCCCACCUCGAGAUUCCUUUCCUUAUCUUCAGAGGUAGAGGUAGAGGUAGGUAUCCUCAAUUUACUGAAAUUGGAGAUUCUUGGUAUCUGAAUGCAAUUUCUUCAUUCUUAAUCGUUUGUCUGCUUGUUGGCGAUCAAUUCACAAUCUGAUCUGACUCUGGGAAAAGAAUCUUUAAGUCUCAAUGGCGGUCACUACCAAGCAAAUGUCUUUGAUUGUGGGAAGCCUUGGUGUUUUGUCUUUCAUAUUCGGUGUUAUUGCUGAAAACAAGAAGCCUGCAUCUGGAACUCCAAUCACAGGGAAGGAUGUUGUUAUCUGCAAGUAUCCAGCUGAUCCCACGGUCGCAUUGGGGUACUUGUCCUUCGGGUUUCUUGCCGCCACUACAUUGGCUGGAGGAUUGUCGUUGUUUUAUCCUUACAAAGGGAAGUCGAUUCCAGUGCCUGCAUUGUUCCAGAGCACCAGUUUCUUCAUAUUCUUCUUGAUUGCUUUGGGUUCGACUGGACUGGCGGCCACAAUGCUGUUAUGGCCAACAAUCACUGAGCACAAACAUCUCGUCAGCAAUGUUCAUUACAACCUAGAAACAACCUGCCCAACAGCAAAAACGGGUCUGCUUGGUGGUGGUGCGUUUCUAGCUCUUGAUGCGGCUCUUUUCUGGUUGGUUUCCCUUAUGUUGGCUGAUAACGCAAGAGAAGACUACUUGGAUGAUGUUAAAGGUAGCGGCGGUGAUGGUCUCACCACCGAAUACGAUGCCGAUGAUGUCAUCAAGGGCAGUGCGUAAAAGCUGUUGGCUUUAUCAAUUCGAUUUAUCGUUUUUUUUAUUUAACUGGAGUUAAUAUGAUAUAGUAAGGUGGCCUAAAUGGAACACUGUAAAUACUGGUUUUAUCUUAUUUAUUGAUGAAAAACAUGUUAUUUGUGGUA